CUGAGAGCAGACGGCGCUUGGGGCCGGUGGGGGGGUGACCUGGUGGCCGGUGAACUCCUGCGAUGUACCCCCAAGGCAGGCACCCGGCUCCCCACCAGCCUGGGCAGCCGGGCUUCAAAUUCACUGUGGCUGAAUCCUGCGAUAGGAUUAAGGAUGAAUUCCAGUUUUUGCAAGCCCAGUAUCACAGUCUUAAAGUGGAGUAUGAUAAGCUUGCGAACGAAAAGACAGAAAUGCAGCGCCAUUAUGUUAUGUACUAUGAAAUGUCAUAUGGUUUGAAUAUUGAAAUGCACAAACAGACCGAGAUUGCUAAAAGAUUGAACACCAUUCUAGCUCAAAUCAUGCCUUUUCUGUCACAAGAGCACCAACAGCAGGUUGCCCAGGCUGUUGAGCGUGCCAAGCAAGUGACAAUGACAGAGCUGAAUGCUAUCAUCGGGCAGCAGCUCCAGGCCCAGCACCUCUCCCAUGCUGCUCACGGCCCCCCGGUACAGCUGCCUCCUCACCCUUCAGGCCUUCAGCCGCCAGGAAUACCUCCCGUCACGGGGAGUAGCUCAGGACUGCUGGCUCUCGGGGCCCUCGGGAGCCAAGCCCACUUGACCGUUAAAGAUGAGAAAAACCAUCACGACCUGGAUCACCGAGAGCGAGACUCAAAUGCAAAUAAUUCUGUCUCGCCAUCAGACAGCCUGAGAGCUAGUGAGAAACACAGGAGUUCUACAGACUACAGCAUCGACACCAAAAAGCGGAAAGCGGAGGAGAAGGACAGCAUGAGCCGCUAUGACAGCGACGGUGACAAGAGCGAUGACCUGGUGGUCGACGUCUCCAAUGAGGAUCCAGCUACACCCCGUGUCAGCCCAGCCCACUCGCCGCCUGAGAACGGGAUAGACAAAACCCGAGGGCUGAAGAAAGAUGCUCCAAACAGCCCUGCCUCCGUCGCCUCGUCCAGCAGUACGCCGUCCUCGAAGACUAAAGACCUGGGCCAUGUAGGUGGAUUAGUGCCCAGUACGCGGCAGCCAGGCGCUGCGGGGAGGGCUGGGGCUGCCUCUACCUUUGGAAGGAGGCUGAACGACAAAUCAUCCACGCCUGGGCUCAAAUCAAACACUCCGACGCCAAGGAACGAAGCCCCGACUCCUGGGACGAGUACCACUCCAGGCCUUCGGUCUAUGCCGGGCAAACCAGCAGGCAUGGACCCAUUGGCAUCUGCCCUGAGGACCCCCAUCUCCAUCACUGGCCCCUAUGCGGCUCCCUUCGCCAUGAUGGGACACCAUGAAAUGAACGGCUCUCUGACGAGCCCGGGGGCCUACGCGGGGCUCCACAACAUCCCGCCCCAGAUGAGCGCCGCUGCUGCCGCCGCCUAUGGCCGAUCGCCAAUGGUCGGUUUUGACCCGCAUCCGCCCAUGAGGGGCCCCGGUCUCCCCACAAGCCUUGCGUCCAUACCCGGCGGGAAGCCAGCCUACUCGUUUCACGUAAGUGCUGAUGGGCAGAUGCAGCCGGUCCCAUUCCCUCAUGACGCCCUGGCUGGCCCCGGCAUCCCAAGGCAUGCUCGGCAGAUCAACACACUAAGUCACGGGGAGGUGGUAUGUGCUGUGACCAUUAGCAAUCCAACCAGACACGUGUACACCGGAGGAAAGGGAUGUGUGAAGAUCUGGGAUAUCAGCCAGCCAGGCAGUAAGAGUCCCAUUUCGCAGCUGGAUUGUUUGAACAGAGACAACUACAUCCGUUCCUGCAAACUCCUCCCCGACGGCCGCACCCUGAUUGUGGGAGGGGAAGCGAGUACGCUUACGAUCUGGGACCUGGCAUCCCCGACGCCAAGGAUCAAGGCUGAAUUGACCUCCUCUGCCCCAGCAUGCUACGCUCUGGCAAUCAGUCCUGAUGCAAAAGUCUGCUUCUCCUGUUGCAGCGACGGCAAUAUUGCUGUGUGGGAUCUCCACAACCAAACGCUGGUUAGGCAAUUCCAAGGCCACACAGAUGGCGCAAGCUGCAUAGAUAUCUCGCAUGAUGGUACAAAAUUAUGGACAGGUGGUCUGGACAACACGGUGCGUUCCUGGGACCUUAGGGAAGGAAGACAGCUCCAGCAACACGACUUCACUUCCCAGAUCUUCUCGCUGGGUUACUGCCCCACCGGUGAGUGGCUUGCGGUGGGCAUGGAGAGCAGUAACGUCGAGGUGUUGCACCACACCAAACCGGAUAAAUACCAGCUUCACCUGCAUGAGAGCUGUGUCCUUUCUCUGAAAUUUGCCUACUGUGGUAAAUGGUUUGUGAGUACAGGAAAAGAUAAUCUUCUCAAUGCCUGGAGAACGCCAUAUGGAGCAAGCAUAUUCCAGUCGAAAGAAUCCUCCUCUGUCUUAAGUUGUGACAUUUCAGCAGAUGACAAAUACAUUGUUACAGGCUCUGGUGACAAGAAGGCCACAGUCUAUGAGGUCAUCUAUUAAACAAGGAUUUUAACAGGGCUGUCAACCCCGAAUAUUAGGCUCGAGUCUGACAAGACAAUGGCAAAAUUCUGAAGGAUGUAGGAAAAGGAAAGGAGAGCAGCCAUGCAUUGAGAGAUUGUUUCCUGCCAGGCUGUGUAAUGUGGAUCUUCAUGGACUCCGAGCAAUGUACAUGGACUGAUGCGUUUCAGCAAUUUUUAUUUUAAGCCGUGGCAUAUCUGGAUUUAUUUGGAGGUCUGCGAAUACGGCACACAUUGAAGCCCUAAACAGGUUUUGUUUUGGUUUUAGGGUUUUUGUGGUUGUUCUUUUGUCUGCGCUUUGGUGGCACUAUAAAGGACUUAUUUUUUAUUGUGACUUUUUGUUUUUUUGCGCUCUAUAUAAGACUUGUGAAAAAUGUAAAUAACGGACUAGUAAAUAGAACUGAAAGGGUGAGGUUAAU